CCACCGUCGACAUGUACCUCCCACGAAAUCUGAUCGCAAACCUAUACCAAAACCUGAUAAAGCGAACGCACGCCGCCGCUCCACCAGUUUUACUCCUCGUCGCCCUUGAGCCAGACGCGCUCUGCGCAUGCCGAAUUCUUACCGCGUUACUAAAGCGCGACUAUAUACCUCACAAGAUACAACCCAUAGCCGGAUAUGGAGACCUGUCACGCGCGGCGGAAGAGCUAGUACGGCCAAUGCGGACUACAGAUGGCGGAAGCGGAGGCGUGGUCGUAUGUUUGGGUGUCGGUGGUAUGGUGGACCUAGAGGAGAUAUUAGGUCUGGAUGUCGAUGAAGAUGGGCAAGGCGGAAGUGGAGAUGUCGAGGUCUGGGUCUUGGAUGCGAGACGGCCGUGGAAUCUCGCAAACGUGUUCGGCACGCCGAUUAGUGAGGACCCGGCCACAGGAGAGCUUGGGAGGCGACAGUCUGGUGUGGACAAGGGAAAGGUGUUGCAGUCAUAUCAGACGUCAAGAGGAGGAAUCAUAGUAUUUGAUGAUGGCGACAUCGAAGAAGAACUUCAGGCAGAAAGAGCAGCGUACUGUGGGCUUGAGGAAAUGCCCGAGGUUGGUGAGGAAGAGGACUUGGACGAGGACUCAGAUGAUCAAGACGAGGAAGAGCCCCCGUCUGGACAAGCGCCGAAGAAAAGGAAGUCAUGGGGCGAGGGAGAUGAUUCUGAAGACGAUAUGACCGAUGACGAGCGCCCGCGGCAAAGGCGAAGAAGUAACUCGGGAGGUUCAAUACCAUCAUCACCAGAACGAAGACCCGCCCGAAGAGGUCUACUGAUCGAAAAUCAGCUAGGCGGCUCUUCAGACUUCUCACGAUCAGAUUCCCGCAGCCGCUCAGCAUCACCGUCAAUAGCGGCACCGAAAGAGAAAUCCGUAAAGAACCUACGGAAACAGCUCAUACAGACACGCAACAAAUACACUAAUGUCCUCGACAAGUACUACCAACUCGGCACAUCAUAUUCGGAGCCCGUCUCCUCUCUCGUAUACAAUCUCGCUUCUGAGCUUGGCCGCGAAGACAACGACCUGCUUUGGAAUGCCAUUGUAGGUGUUAGCAGUCUAGAGCUGUACGGGCGAACUGGUAGCGGUGUUGGCCUCAACCCGCUCUCAGCACAAGGCGGUUCAGCAGGGUGGAACGGCAACCGAGGCGAGCAGAUAAGGUCCGUCCUGCGUGACGAAGUACGGCGCCUGAAUCCCAUCACAGAUGCUACCAAUGGAGCCCGCGACGCCAUGAUGGGCGAAGCAAGCGGCGUCAUCCCCACCAGUGCUCGCUCCGCAACAGACAAAUCCAUCCGUCUCUCCCCCGAACCACGAUUUCUCCUCCUCCGCCACUGGUCUCUAUACGAGAGCAUGCUACACUCGCCUUACCUCUCAGCCAAACUGCACAUCUGGAGUGACGCAGGGCAGAAACGCUUAGCCAAACUUCUCGCAAAAAUGGGCGUGUCGUUGACAGAAUGUAAACAAAGAUACACGCACAUGGACAUGGAGCUCAAACGCGGCUUACGGGAACGGCUCCUGAAGUUUGCACCACAUUAUGGACUCGACGGGCUCGUCCCGCCCGUGGGACGAAGCAGCGAUAUGAAAGACGGGUGGGGUUUCGUAAGAUGCUGGGGCUGGAAAGCAUGCCUUUCCGCCAUUGACGCGGGCGUCAUCCUGGGUGCUAUCCUAGAAGUUGGGGAUGCAAAGAACCUGAACCAGUCAUCGUUCGACAGCUCGAACUUCGUCGGCACACAGGAUCACUCCGAGAUUGUGUCAACAACACAAGAACAGCAGGACCUAGCGCAGGAACACAUCACAAGCCGAUUCUGGACAGCCUAUGACGCCCUCGGGUCAAUAGAUAUGCUAGUCGAUCACAUCACCACAGCACAACACCUACACCGCGCUAUCCUACGCACAGGCACCCAACUCAUCGAGAAGAGACAAAUCCGCCACCUCCGCGCCUUCCGCAUGGCCGUUGUAAAAGAAGGCCCAGACGUCCAGCUCUUCACGCACCCAGGCGCGCUCACCAAACUCGCCCUCUGGAUAGCCGAAGCCAUCGUCGAGCUCAACGGGACAAAGGGCAAGAACAAGGGGAGCGAACUAGUCAUGGCGGGUCUCGACGACUCUCGAGGCCUCUACGUCGUCGUUGGGCUAGGCGGUGGUGGCGCAACCGAAUCUGCAAAAGAGCGCCUCUUGAAAAGAGAAGCGAAAAUCAAAGCGAAAGAAGCGAGGCGCUCGUCUCGCGAAAAAGAGCGCGAGAAGAAACGCGAAGCGCGCAUUGCACGUAACUUGGCCGCAGGCCUUGAGGAAGACGAAGUCGAUGACGAUACAGAAGAAGAUGAUGAUGAUGAUGAUGCUUCUUCCGAUGAAGACGACUCCUCCGACGAUGAAGACCUGGACGAGCAAAGAGGGUCAGGCAGAAACCGAUUCGGCAACGCGUUUCAGGAAGUCGUUCGCGAGACGGGCGCAAGAGUGCGCAUGGACAGUUUUGAAGCAUGUGUCAUUGAAAUCAAGAAGGAGGAUCUGAGUGGCUUUCUAGAGCGGCUGAGUAUGAAGGCUGUUGUGGGGUAG